AUUAUCAAGUUGCUAUAAAAUAUUGGUGUGGUAAACCUUAUAUUCCGAAGAAUCAGUUCUUCAGAAAUAUUCGACAACUGAAACUAGACAUUAAUCAGUGCAACGAACGAGAAAUAUUUUACUCGACAGAUGAAAAUGAUAUAAGCUAUAAUCCUUUUUCAUCAACUACUCCCUCAACAAUUAGAUUUCCACCAACGCGUGAGCCAAUCCCUCUGGUGCCAAAUCUGAGUGGCGGAUAUGUAGCAACGUUUCGAAAUCAACCUUAUCUGAGCACUGAUUCCGUUGGUUCUUUAGUGUUUACUACCAAUGUUAUUACCUCGGUUAUUUCUGUCGAGGCAUUGUUGAGUGAUGGAACUGAAAUACUUUCGAUGACUAGAAUCAACUUUGAAGAAAAUACGGUUGAAGUGCCUUUUUCGCUCACAAAGAUUGUACCAAAAUUGGCAGCAUACAACGUUAAGGUUUCAUUCUAUAUUGGGGAUGACAAUAAAUUGGUUCAUAGCACAUAUGCAAAACUUUAUUUUCUUCCUGUGGGUCCGAAGACUGUCACGAUCGAUCGAUUAUAUGGUGGAAUUUUAACUACAGCGAAUGAAACCAUUUUUCCUGUUGGUCCAUAUGUUGACGUAGGCGGGUGGUUAGCGAAAGGAAAUAUUCAGGCCAACCUUCUGACUCUCAAGAACUUGAAUUACAAUAUCAUUAACCCCGAUCCACCUUACCCAAAUAUUUCGUUCAUCCAUCAAAUGUUUCAAGCUGCUGACACUAUAGGCGGAAUCUAUAUCCAAUAUUCAUUUCGGCACGAUUAUAAAGAUAUCCAAAAAGUUGUUGACCAAGUAAGCCAAUUCAAGAAUUAUUCAAGUUUGCUUACUUGGUAUAUAGCUGAUGAACCGGAUGGUGAACAAUGGACAAAUGCGUCUGCAGUUUUUGAAGCAUACAACGUUAUAAAAAAAUUGGAUCCAUACCAUCCAGUCGCUCUGGUGUUAAAUUGUCAACAUAGUGUUGCUUUCUAUGCAGAUGCUGCUGAUAUAUUAGGCACCGAUGUUUACCCAGUUGGAGUCGAUAUGUCACAAUGUACGGAAUACAGUGGUGUAUGCGGCUGCGACAAUUGUAUUGGAGACGUCAUUCUAGAUAUCCCUAAACGAACUCAACAAUAUAUGACAGACUUGAACCUUAUUGGACAUGAGUCAAUUAUGAAAUGGAUGGUAAGUCAAGCUUUUUAUGAUCAAAAUUCUUGGUGGAGGAGGCCACCUACCUCUCAAGAAAUCAGAGUCAUGUGGUAUAUUUCAAUUAUAUAUGGAUAUAAGGGACUCAUGUUUUGGCGAUUUCCUUUCGCCCUCAACCAUUCAGUUAAAGAACAGAUCACAAAUUUAAGCGAAGAGAUUAAGAUGCUUUCAAAUUAUAUACUCUUUAUGUCUCAAUUGCCGCAUUCUCAUAUAAUUAUCUCGCCUGCCCAGAGUGUUUAUUCUGGUGGAUGGAUAUCAAAGGAUCAAAAGACUUUUUUGCUGAUUGUGACCAACGGCAAUGAGAAUCAAUCUGCCAAAUUCAGAUUAAUUAUCAAGGACUUGGUCUCAUCAGGUUUACUAUAUGGAAUUAGCAAAAUAGACCAUGAAAAAAAGGAAAGAGUUUUCAUUGAGGAUGGCGUAUUUGAAGGCAGCUUGAAGAUAUACGGGGUUGAAAUUUUUAUUUUUAAAAAAGAAUAG